AUGAUUAUUCCGAUCCGUUGCUUUUCUUGCGGCAAGGUCAUUGCCGACCUCUACGAAAAGUACAUCGAAUUGAUCGGAACGGUCAGAGAAGAUGGCGAAACUAUGUCUGAUGGAGAUGCCAUGGACACCAUUGGAUUGAACAGAUAUUGCUGUCGGCGCAUGAUGCUCACGCACGUCGAUCUCAUUGAAAAGUUGUUGAGAUACAACCCAUCGGAGCGUCACAUCAUCAAAGACGCGAACUCAGGGCGAGGUUGA